AUGACCAAUGUGUCCAAUGUAACCAAUAUAACCAAUAAGACCAAUAUAAGGAUGUGUUUUGUAAUGUUAACGGCCGAAGAGAGUUCUAUUCAACUAACUAAGGGUAUCAGUAAGUCGAAGACAAAACACAUGGGGAAGAAGAAGAAAGGGGAAAAGGAAGGAAGUCGGUCAUGUGACCGUGUUGAGGGUCACGUGCGCGAGAGUAAAAGGGGGAGUCUGGUGAUGGCAUCUCCAGACAGGCCUUGCUGCCUCAAGGGAAUAGGGGUCCAACCCCUUACAGAGCCAUAUCUACGUACAGCUAUAGACCUCCUUCUUGCCUAUAAUCUCCUUCUUAGAGGCGAGAUUCGUCGUACGGUCGAGCUCCCUGAUCUAUUUAUAGUCUCCCUCCCUAAUAAGGGGCUAACUCCCUGCCACCCCCUUAUUAUGAUUAUGGAUAAUGGGAAGACUAAUAGUGUGGGCCGUCUGGAGUAUAUGGCUGUUAUACGGUAUCGAAACCCCUUACUUUAUACUAUGGCAAACCUUGCCUUCUACCUCUUCGUACGAUGGGAUAUUGGGAAUUAUUUCCUUCCACGGGCUAAGGUGCAGCCCCCUGAAUCACUGACUGUAGCCCUCUGGCCAUGGCUUGAUAUAUGGGUUAGCUGGUUUAAAUCGUACGAAGAGAAGGUAUCCCCCUCUGGCUCCCUUCUACCUAAGGCAGUGAGAUUUGAUGAAGGGGCUACAGAUAGGAAUGAUUUAGUAGCCCAGGGGUUCCUCCGCCUUCUAUCUAGGCUACGUACGAUCCUCCUACAGGACUCUGUGAUCUUUAAGACUAUAUCUAGUUCUCCUAUCUCGUACGGGAACAAUAGAGCACUCCCUCUCUUAGUCAAUCUAAAUAUCCGAGACAUAGGCCUUGAGAGGGAGGAAAAGAGACAGAGAAGGAGGCAGAGAAGGAGGCAGAGAAGGUCUCUCCCUUAUCCUAUUCCCCCUAGUCUAUUCCGGCAGUUACAGCCAGCUAUUGAUACUGAAUCUGGCCUCCCCUCUAUAUAUACUCUCUCCCGUACGAUUGAGACUGUGCCUGAUUUAUGGCGGGAGUGGACUAUUGGACUAGGUGGUGGGCCUACUGUACGAGAUCUAGAAGAGAGACUUAGGACAACAUACCGUCGCAAGGUAGUCCUGGAUAAGCUUAACUUAAUACCCCUUCUCUUCGUACGAUCUCUCUUCCUACCCUAUUUCUAUCUCUUCCUCUCCCUCUCCUACCCCCCUCUAUAUCCUCUCCUACUCCUCUCUAUACCCUCUCCUACCUUCUCCCACCCUCUCCUAUCCUUUAUUUCUUCCCUAUGUCUUCUCUAUGUCUUCUUCUUAUUUACCCUCUCCGUACGAUAUCUAGUAUCGGGGGAGAGUAAUAUAGCGCUACUAUCUUUACCUCCCUUCCUUCUCUUAUCGUACGAUGAAUCAGAUAGUUAUUAUAGUUAA